AUGCAGCGCCAGCGCCUUGCGCUGGUGGCAAUGGCCCUGCUUGUAGCAGCAGCCCCGACAGCGCCCGGCGUCAUCGCGCCCGGCGCGGCGCCCGCUGCGCCCGCCAUCCCGCAGCCGCGCGGCCCCUGCGACAUGGGCCUCACCUUCUUCCCGCCCCAGAGCAACAACCUGCCGACCGGCUGGUCGCAGGCCGUCCAGGCCGCGGCCGGCAACACGCAGUCCGACCAGAUGAUGAAGAUCGCCCUCGCCGGCUACCCCAUCCCGCAGCUCUACAUGGCCCCGCUCAGCGUGUUCACCCAGGUCGGCGGCACAGUGCCCAUCGCCUGCGUCACCGGCCAGAACGCGGCCGGCGCGGGCGUGCUCACGCGCCCUGCGGCCUUCACCAUCACGUGGGCGGUCGCCGGGCAGGGCGGGCAGCUGGGGCCCUUCCUCAAGGGCUCCAAGCAGGACCCGCCCGCCAACGUGACCAUCAGCUUUGUGCCGCAGCUGCCCGACGGUGACUACUGCCUGCAGGUCAGAAUGGACCUCAUCCCGGGCUCCGGCAUCGUCGCCGUCGGCGCGCAGGAGGUUGCAGUACCGGCGCGCGCGCAGUCUGUGCUGCGGUCUGUCUGCUUUUACAAGCUUGCCACGCGGCCCCAGGCCAACAUCACGUUCCACAGCUGCAACAGCAGUUUCGCGGUGGACCUCACGGGAAUCACCCCCAAGCCGCAGCUCAUCAGAGUCAGGGGUCAGCUACGUGCAGCCUGA